AUGUUCGCUAUUCUUCUUCUUGGAAUUUAUUGUUUUUCAUUAGUUAUCAGUUCUUCAGUUGAUACAAAAUUUAAUGAAAAGUAUAUUGAUGGAAAACAAUAUAAACUAAAAAGCGUCGAUACCACAUAUAAACAACAUGUUUCUAAUAAUGGUCAAUGUACUGUUGAGCUGAAAACUCAAGGUGACAAAUAUAACUCAUUAACUGAAGGUGAAAUAAUUAAAAUCAAAAACAAAUGGUUUAAAGUUGAAGAUUGUCGAUUAAAUCGUGCCUAUAUUGCUUCAUGUGGUUCAAAAUUAUUUAUUCAAAUGCGUGAUCUUGUUUGUUCAUAUGCUGACCAACAUUAUGAGAAAAAAGUUUUAAAACGACGACAAAUAGAAGAUGAUCUCAUUAAUGUUUUAGAUCGAUCAUAUUUUGGUUUAUGUUGUAAAAAUGCUUGUACAGUAUCAGAAUUAAUUCAAUAUUGCCCUUCAAAAUAG